AUGAAUAACAGCAAGGUCGAAUUCGAGCCUUUUGAGUAUUCCUACUAUGAUUAUUCAGACUGGUACUCGAACAAUGCCGAGCCAACCAAACCACCGAAAGAAGUUAUUCUACCAUGUGACCCCACAGUGGACGACAAGCUCUUCCACAUAUGCAUGCUGUCGAUAUCGCUGGUGAUCAUGUUAAUCCUCGCAGUUCUUACCAGGAAGAACAAAUUCUGCCAAGGAUUCACGAGAGGAUCCUCCAGUAUCUUCAGUCCAGCCAACUUUCUGGACCAGACUCAGAAGAAAGGUCUCGUUAUGGCUAUUUUCGGACUCGUGUUCAGCAAGCUGUCGAUGCUGGUGAUCGCCCCGGACCCGCUGCCUUUCUCCAAAGACACUCCGGCAGAAAUUAAAGAGUACAUGAAGAUAAUCGCCAUUUUCUACUAUCCCGUCCUGUACUAUCCUCUGAUGGUCUGCAGCACUCUGCAGCACAAAGCAGGUUAUGUGUUCGGGACGCUGCUCUCCUUCACUCACUUUGGGGUCCUGGUGUGGCAGAAGUUUGACUGUCCAAAGACUCCAGAGAUCUAUAAGUACUACGCUCUGCUAGGUAGUCUUCCUCAGCUGGCCUGCCUCGCGUAUCUCUGCGUCCAGUUUCCUGUGCUGUUUGUCAAAGGACCAAAGACGGAUGAGGACCUCGACAGCCGCUACUACACCGAUUAUGUGAAGUUACUUUUUAAGAAAAGGUCCUCAACUGCCAGCUCUUCAUCUACAGACAAACCAACGCUGGCUGAGAGAAUACUGGAGGUGCCUAAAAGUUACAUUUACAUACCAGAAAAAGUGUUUCGUUUUCCUCUAAAGCUCGCUGUAUCAGCAUUUGUUGCCUUUGUGGCGAUAUAUCACGCGGCGCUGUUGUUAGUCGUCCUGGUGGUCCCCACUCUCCAUAUUGUCCGUGCUGGUAUUGAUGAAAACAUCGCCUUCCUGUUACUCGGGUUUGGGAUCGUUCUGUCAGACGACAGAAUGGAGGUUGUUAAAAUCGUGACCUUCUAUACCUGGUUGCUGGAAGUGUGCUACCUCUGUGCGAUGACCCUGUCUUGUUUGGUCAGUCUCAUCAUGCUCAUGAGGUCCAUGAUACUUCACAGGUCAAACCUGAAAGGACUGUAUAAGGGAGAUAUUUACAGCAUUUAUAACAGCCAGAAGACCAUCCGUCCCUCUAAACCCGGCAUUGUCUGUUGGAUGGGCUUGACGGGAUACCAGGCUGCGAUUGUCUGCGUCGGAAUGGCUAUUCAGACUGUUGUGUUUUUCAUCUGCUUCUUGUUCCUGGUGUUUUUGAUCAUUAUCCCUGUUUUCUACGGUCGCAAUAUCAUCGUCUUUGAAAUCGCAGGAAAGGCAUGGCCGGCCUGGGUCACUCUGCUGCUCGUUACUGUGCUUCAACAUGUGACUGCUAAGUUUGCUUUCAUCAAAAAGGAAGCUGGUACGAGAGACUUGAAGAACAGGGAGAGUCUGUUUCUUCUGACGUACCUGCUGUUCCUCAUCAACACCGUGGUUGGACUGAUCGCCGCAAUAUGGAGAGUCGUGAUAACAGCUUUGUACAAUAUCGUCCAUCUUGGUCGUAUUGACAUCAGUCUGCUGCACCGCACUGCAGAGUCCUACGACCCAGCCUACCGGUACUACACCCACUCCCUGAAGGUGGAGGUCAGCCAGUCACACCCGGUGAUGAAAGCUUUCUGCGGGCUGCUGCUGGACAUGAUGAUCGAGUGCGGUCGAGUUGGGCAGAAAAUAAGAGAUGCAGAGGAAGGGAUUCAAGAGAACAGGCCGAGCAAGGCGACCAGCCGUCGGAGGAUCCGCUGUCGCUGGCAGCUGCUGUACACGCUGGUCAACAACCCGUCCCUGCUGGGCUCCAGGAAGCACUUCCAGACGCUGCAGACCUCGGAGAGCAUCCUGAACGGGACCCCGAACCACAGCUCCAAGAAAGGCAGCAUGAAAGAGGCUGCCGAGCCCGUCCAGUCCACUGAGACCCCAACAAACCAAGAUAAAACUGAUUGA